AUGGAUUUUCCGUCAUCGUGGUCAUCGUUCGGAACUCUAUCACACUCUGAAUCUGAUGGAAAUAAGACGUAUCACGCUUUAUUUUCCGACCUUUGGUACGGUCUCGACGACAGAAGAAGACAAGACAAACGUAUGCAAAUAGAAACAGUUCUGUUAGAAAAAACAAGACAUAUGGGUUCUAGCAGUUGCAAGAUUUGUCCAAUCAUUUCAGUUUUUGUUUGGUUUCUGUUGUUUCUCUUCUGUGUUUGUUCUGCAAAGUCACUGGAAUCAGUGAACUUCAAUGAAGCCAAUCAGAGUUUCUACCCAGGCAAAGAGUUGCACGAGUUGAAAAUUAUCAGAGCCCAUCUCAUGAAGAUCAAUAAGCCUGCUGUUAAAACAAUUCAGAGUCCUGAUGGUGAUCUAAUAGAUUGUGUAUUAUCUCAUCAACAGCCAGCUUUUGAUCAUCCUCACUUAAAAGGGCAAAAACCACUGGAUCCACCAGAAAGGCCAAAGCGGCAGAGAUCAAGAUUUGGGAUGUUUUUCCAAGAAAAUUUUCAGUUAUGGAGUCUGUCUGGUGAAUCAUGUCCCGAAGGAACAGUUCCAAUUAGAAGAACAACUGAAAAAGACAUUUUGAGGGCUAGUUCAUUAUCAAGAUUUGGAAGAAAAAUUCCAAGACAAUCACGAAGGGACUCUUCGAGCAAUGGUCAUGAGCAUGCAGUAGGUUAUGUGACUGGAGACAUAUAUUAUGGAGCAAAAGCAAGUAUAAAUGUGUGGGCACCUCAAGUAGCAAAUCAGUAUGAAUUCAGCCUAUCUCAACUGUGGGUAAUUGCCGGUUCAUUUGGCGAUGAUCUCAACACCAUUGAAACCGGUUGGCAGGUUAGUCCAGAGCUGUAUGGGGACAACUAUCCUAGGUUUUUCACUUACUGGACUAGUGAUGCAUAUCAAGCCACAGGGUGUUACAAUUUGCUGUGCUCAGGCUUUGUUCAGACAAACAAUAGAAUUGCAAUUGGGGCAGCAAUUUCUCCGACAUCCUCGUAUAAUGGUGGCCAAUUUGAUAUUAGCUUAUUAGUAUGGAAGGAUCCAAAGCAUGGAAAUUGGUGGCUAGAAUUUGGGUCUGGAGUUUUAGUGGGCUAUUGGCCAUCUUUUCUAUUUACACGGCUUAGAGAUAAUGCAACUAUGGUCCAAUUUGGAGGUGAAAUUGUCAAUAGCAGUCCAUCUGGUUUCCACACAUCAACACAAAUGGGCAGUGGACAUUUUGCAGGAGAAGGGUUCGGAAAAUCGGCAUAUAUUCGAAAUUUACAAGUAGUAGAUUGGGAUAACAGUUUACUCCCACUGUCAAAUCUUAAAGUUUUGGCUGAUCGUCCAGAAUGCUACGAUAUACAAGGGGGAGUUAAUGGAGUUUGGGGGAAUUACAUUUAUUAUGGAGGACCUGGAAGAAAUUCGAAGUGUCUUUGA